CAAACCCGCUGCCUCUGGAGUUAACCCGGACGCCUGGGCUCUUCUUCGGGUCUGGCUCCGUGGCCCGCGGAGCCGCCGACGUUUCAGACCAACCUCGGGCCGCUCGCCCAGACGCCUGCCGCUCUGCCCCUGCGGACAGGCCGAGCCCCGGGCCUUGCGCGGCCGCGACGAAGGGGAAUCCCGGGCGGAAAGGGAAGCAGCCGCCGCCGAGCGGGCUCCGAGGCGGGGACUCUCCGGGCCGGCCGCCGCAUGUGGGCGUGCAGCGCGCUGGGAAGGCAGACAGCGGGCGCGGCGGGGCCGGCGGAUAAGCGGCCCCUGCGGGCAAGCGAGCGGCGGCCGGAGCGCCUCCUCCCCGCGGGCGGCCGAGCACCAUGGCCUCGGCCUCCGAGACCCUCGAGCUGAACGGGCAAAGCGGCGGCGGCGAGCGAGCGCCUCCCGACAGGCCUAGAUCACAACGCUGGCUGCAAGGACAUGGACCCAUUAAUAUUAACCACUACGCCAAUAAGAAGAGUGCUGCAGAGAGCAUGUUGGACAUUGCUCUUCUGAUGGCCAAUGCAUCCCAGUUGAAAGCAGUAAUGGAGCAAGGACCUUCCUUCUCAUUCUACAUCCCACUUAUUGUUCUCAUCAGCAUAUCCCUCAUACUUCAAAUUGGCGUGGGUGUGCUCCUGAUAUUCCUUGUAAAAUAUGACCUUAAUAACCCUGCAAAACAUGCCAAGCUGGACGUACUCCAUAACCUUGCAACUGGACUGGUGUUCAUUAUAGUAGUUGUGAAUAUUUUUAUCACCGCCUUUGAGUGCAGAAACCAGCCAGCUGAGGACAGCCUCAAGACCGUAAGUGACAAGAAGAGAUCUGAACCAUUGACCCUUCCUCUAAGUACUUGUGCACGUGAGCCAGUUAAACUUGGACACAGAAAAGGAGAAGCUGAAGUUCUUCAAGCCAGCAUUUUUCUGUUUCCUUCAAAUGACUUGUUUUCUGUGCCUGGGAUUUUCAUCCUAUUAAAUAUGUAAUAUGUUGAGUUUCUAAUGGAAAGGUUGAGUGUUUUAACUGCUAGUUCACUGACUCUACCUUCGAAGAGUCUGACAUCUCAAUUUCUAUAGAACUGGAGGAGUUCUUCAGAGAAAUAUGCAAUGUGAAUGAAUUCAACAGGGAACAUAAAACGAUGGCAUGAGCUCCAAAGGCGUCUUGGACUACACACUUUUUGUGCCUUCUGUUUUCUUGAUGGAUGAGAAGUUACACAACAAAAUUGCUGUCAUUUUCACUAUGGAAGCCAAGGGUCUUAAGUGCUGGCACAGUCAUACUGUCCUAACCUCUCUCAGUUGUAGCUAGGUAUUUGUAUUCCAUAUUGCUGUAGCGGAAUGCCUUUAUGUUGUCUGAAGAUGGCCAUGCCUAAUUUUCCCUCUCUUCCUAGAGAGCGGUUUUUCUCUUCAGCUAAACCAAAAACUCCACCUCUUCCAAGAUGACAGGAAUCCAGUAGGAACAAAAGUUAACAAGCUUUCCUUUGCCCAGUUUUUCUCUCAAGUACUCAUUGGCCCAGUUUCUCUGUCGUUGGAUCACAAGGGCCUGCAUAAACCUUCCCUCCCCUUGGCAUAGGGUCCCACAAGUAGACCCUUUGCAUAGUUUCUCACUCUCAGUCGCUGCUCUUCUCCAAUCCAUACAGGAUGAUUAUUAUCCACAGCUCUAGCACCCCUUGAAAAGGCUUGUAAAAAUGCUACCAUAUUUAGGCACCACUGAGUAACUUAAGGACAGAGGGUGACAUUCAUCCCUGCACAGAGGGCAGGGCAAGGCCUGUAAGGUAUUAAGUCACACCUAACCUAUCAAAUUACGAUACAGAGGGGCAAAUUUCCCUCCGAGAAAAAGCCGUAUCUCUGCACUUAUUUGAUUUUGUGAGUUUGUGACCGAUUAAAUUUAUUACUUAAAAAAAAAGUUAAAAAGAGAUAAGAAAAAGAUCCUCAAGGGCUCAUGUUCCCUGCUGGCACAGGAAGCAAAAGUUUUUCAGAGGGCAUACUGUUGCUGGCAAUGGUGUAUAUUGCGAGUUUUGCCGCUUAAAGUAUUUUAAUCCUUUUACUUCUAAUUGAUCUUACUUGCAAGUAGAAGGAUUUUAGUGUCCUUGCAUUUUAACUUUCUUGUACAUAUAAAUUGAUAAUAUAUUUCUUGUGUUAUCACUUUAUUUUAUACAUUUGUAGCCCAAAGUGUAAGCUUGUAGGAGAGUUAACAGCAGCACUCAUGUACAGUUUUAAAUUGAUAAUCCUCUCUUCUAGUUAUGACUAACUGGACUUAGACUUGUGUACUGUAGGUUACAUAAGAAUUAUCCUUUAACCAGAAACAAAGCAACAAAGUUACUGUUUUUCUAUAUUGCUAGUAGCAAAAUAUAUACAUACAAGCAACAUAGAAGAAUAUUAAGCUUUGACCAGAAACCAAUCAAGAAAAGUUUUUCUGCAAGAUUUCUGGCAAAUACUUCUUCUAAUGACAUGUUGUAUAUAUUUAAAUGUAGCUUGGAGCAGCUGUGAGAUGAGGCACUUAGCACAAGUUUCCCCAACAUUUAAUUUGUCUUCUAUUAAAAUUAAUGAAGGAAUAUCAGAAUGUACCUGUAUUAUAGAAUAUUCUCAAUAUUGUAUUGCAAUGUGUUGACUGGUAAAACAUCAUUGCUUGACUGCUUAAAAUAAAGAUUUUCUUCCAUUUAAAAAAAAAAAAAAAGCAAAAAACAAAACAUCCAACAAUAGUAAAACUGCAGGUGGAACCCUUCUGAACAUGUAGUUACCAUAAAUAAAUAUCAGCAAGUGGCUUUGAUAUACACGCUUUGAGUGUACCGCAUGUGUAAAGGUAGCAAAAUAUAGUACAGCCUCAUGGUGUAACCCUAACUAGAUAGCCGUGGGAAGAUUAGAUUGCAGUGGGAAGACAAAUGAUUCUGACCCUUUAACUCAGGUUGGGAUCCUAAUUAUUUCUGAUUGCAGAAUAGCAUGAAUUUUUCUAAGUGCAACUUUCCUCUUUUUAUUGGUAAAUAAAUAAUUCUU